CAUCACCAGUUCACCAUGGCCACCCCACCAGCCCAUAUGAUUCGUACUUUGAUUUUUCCCUUUCUCUGUUGGCAGCUACUCUUUGCCCCCGGACCAUGCUGCCGGGUUUUAACCCACGCUGCCGGCGGCGAGUGGCAGCUCUUGCUCAAGAAUAUUGGCAUUACAGCCAUGCACAUGCAGCUCCUUCACAAUGACCGUGUCGUCAUCUUUGAUCGCACUGAUUUUGGGAAAUCAAACCUUUCCUUGCCCGAUGGGAAAUGUCGGAAUGAUCCAAACGACACCGUAUUGCCCAUUGACUGCACUGCACACUCUGUUGAAUAUGACGUCGCAACUAACUCUAUACGUGCCCUUAUGGUUCAAACCGAUGUGUGGUGUUCAUCAGGGGCUGUCAUGUCUAAUGGUAACUUGAUCCAAACCGGUGGCUUCAACGACGGUGACCGUGUGGUUAGGAUUUUCAAGCCGUGUUCUUCCUGCGACUGGGAAGAAAUUCCAUUUGGACUGGCUGCGCGGCGAUGGUACGCGACUAAUCAUAUAUUACCCGACGACCGGCAAAUUGUAAUCGGGGGCAGAAGGCAAUUCAACUACGAGUUUUAUCCCAAGACCGGCGCUGCUAGCAAUGCGUACAGUUUACCAUUCCUAGCACAAACCAACGACCGCGGUAUAGAGAACAAUCUCUAUCCAUUUGUUUAUCUUCAUACCGAUGGAAAUUUAUUUAUUUUUUCUAAUAAUCGAGCUAUCUUGUUCGAUUACGCCAAAAAUGUCGUGGUGAAGACGUUCCCAACAAUUCCCGGAGGCGAUCCUCGGUGUUAUCCGAGCACUGGGUCUGCAGUCAUGCUGCCACUGAACUUACAAGCAUCAUCCAUCGAAGUCGAGGUUCUGGUGUGUGGAGGUGCACCCACUGGAUCCUACACCCAAGCCUCAAAGAGUAAUUUCGUCGGUGCUCUUAAAACUUGUGCGAGAAUCAAAAUCACGGACAGUUCGCCGCAGUGGGUCAUGGAGACAAUGCCUCUGGCUAGGGUCAUGGGCGACAUGACACUGCUCCCAAACGGCGACGUUUUGAUCAUCAACGGCGCGUCCGCGGGGACUGCCGGAUGGGAGAACGGUCGAGACCCGGUUCUGAAACCGGUUCUUUACAAACCCGAUAAACCAACCGGGUCGCGGUUCGAGGUAAUGAACCCGACCACCAUUCCCCGGAUGUACCACUCCACGGCGAUUCUUCUCCGGGACGGUCGUGUUCUCGUUGGGGGAAGCAAUCCUCACAUUUAUUACAAAUUCACCGGCGUGCUUUAUCCCACAGAGCUGCGCUUGGAGGCAUUCUCGCCGGAGUAUUUAGAUUCUGGAUUCAAGAAUCUGCGGCCAACCAUUAUAUCUCCCACUUCUCAAGCUAAAAUCGGGUACGGGAAAGACUUAACGGUUCGGUUUUCUGUGACGGGAACUUUGGAUCCAGAUACGGUGUCAGUAACAAUGCUGGCACCUUCAUUUACCACACACUCAUUGUCAAUGAACCAGAGACUGCUGGUGCUUGGAAGUGGGAAUGUGAAAAAUGCGGAGAAAUCGACCUUCUCCAUUGCCGUUACCACACCGGCUUCGGCCAUUCUUGCUCCAUCGGGAUAUUAUAUUCUAUUUGUGGUUCAUCAAGGUAUUCCCAGUGAGGGCAUUUGGGUCCAAAUUCAGUGAUUUUUUUUUUUUUUUUGGCGGGGGGUUAACAGUCAAAAAAAAAAAAAGAAAAGAAAAAGAAAAAGAAAAGGGAUUAUUAUACGUUGAAUAUUUAAAUUUGUGAAAUAAAAUAAAGCCACUAUGCAUUAAAAAUGAUGCAUUCAUAGAGUGGUCCAAUCGACUAUGUCUUACAGCAAGGUAUGGAAUUUUACAAAUAUUUUGUAAUUUUA